ACAACCUCAGGCGCUCUCAUCCUGCUGAACUGGUCUCGCUGUCUUGUGACUUUUGGAACGAAUUUCAUCUUUGAGAAGUUGCCCUCUCCUCUUACGAGUGCAAUAUUAUUCCAUGACAAUGGCGGCUCCUGUCUACAUCAUCUCCCGUGUUGCUGAUCCGAUCUUUGCUGUGUUCAUCGGCGUCUCGGCAGCGGCACUGAGGAUCAACCGUGAAGAGAAGGAGAAGGGCAGGACAACUCAGGAGACACUUGAGGCGGCGUGUCGUCGCCUUAGAUUCUUAAAGAGCUCAUAGGAUAUCAAUGUGUUCCGUCAUUUACUCGGAACAUUGCAAUACCCUCAAAUAACAGACCUGAACG